CCCUCCUCUGCUGAACUCCCCACCUCUGUAAGAGCGGCCCAGGCCGGCGCCCGACUCCAUUUUCUCGCGGCGGCCACACCUGGAGCCGCGCCUUUGGGUUGGGCUGGGCCGCGCAACCGCCGCGGGGAAGACAGCCCUCGGGGCGGGGAGGGAGAGGGUGGCCGUGCUGGCCGCGCUGGGGGGAGGCCGGUGCCGGGGAGGAGCCGAGUGCGCGCUCGGGGCAGGCGGCGGCGCGGAGCGGUGCGGUGGCGGGAGGCGGAGGCGAGGGUGCGCACGAUGGCGCGGAGCCCGGGACGCGUGUACGCCCUGCUACUUCUCCUGAUCUGCUUUAACGUUGGAAGUGGACUUCACUUACAGGUCUUAAGCACAAGAAAUGAAAAUAAGCUGCUUCCUAAAUAUCCUCAUUUAGUGCGGCAAAAGCGUGCCUGGAUCACCGCCCCCGUGGCUCUUCGGGAGGGAGAGGAUCUGUCCAAAAAGAAUCCAAUUGCCAAGAUACAUUCUGAUCUUGCAGAAGAAAGAGGACUCAAAAUUACUUACAAAUACACUGGAAAAGGGAUUACAGAGCCACCUUUUGGUAUAUUUGUCUUUAAUAAAGACACUGGAGAACUGAAUGUUACCAGCAUUCUUGAUCGAGAAGAAACGCCAUUUUUUCUGCUAACAGGUUAUGCUUUGGAUGCAAGAGGAAACAAUGUAGAGAAACCCUUAGAGUUACGCAUUAAGGUUCUUGAUAUCAAUGACAAUGAACCAGUGUUCACACAGGAUGUCUUUGUUGGGUCUGUUGAAGAGUUGAGUGCAGCACAUACACUUGUGAUGAAAAUCAAUGCAACAGAUGCAGAUGAGCCCAAUACCCUGAAUUCGAAAAUUUCCUAUAGAAUCGUAUCUCUGGAGCCUGCUUAUCCUCCAGUGUUCUACCUAAAUAAAGAUACAGGAGAGAUUUAUACAACCAGUGUUACCUUGGACAGAGAGGAACACAGCAGCUACACUUUGACGGUAGAAGCAAGAGAUGGCAAUGGAGAAGUUACAGACAAACCUGUAAAACAAGCUCAAGUUCAGAUUCGUAUUUUGGAUGUCAAUGACAAUAUACCUGUAGUAGAAAAUAAAGUGCUUGAAGGGACGGUUGAAGAAAAUCAAGUCAAUGUAGAAGUUACGCGCAUUAAAGUGUUCGAUGCAGACGAAAUAGGUUCUGAUAAUUGGCUAGCAAAUUUUACAUUUGCAUCAGGAAAUGAAGGAGGUUAUUUCCACAUAGAAACAGAUGCUCAAACUAAUGAAGGGAUUGUAACCCUUAUUAAGGAAGUAGAUUAUGAAGAAAUGAAGAAUCUUGACUUCAGUGUUAUUGUCGCUAAUAAAGCAGCUUUUCACAAGUCAAUUAGGAGUAAAUACAAGCCUACACCCAUUCCCAUCAAGGUCAAAGUGAAAAAUGUGAAAGAAGGCAUUCAUUUUAAAAGCAGCGUCAUCUCAAUUUACGUUAGCGAGAGCAUGGAUAGAUCAAGCAAAGGCCAAAUAAUUGGAAAAUUUCAAGCUUUUGAUGAGGACACUGGACUACCAGCCCAUGCAAGAUAUGUAAAAUUAGAAGAUAGAGAUAAUUGGAUCUCUCUGGAUUCUGUCACAUCUGAAAUUAAACUUGCAAAACUUCCUGAUUUUGAAUCUAGAUAUGUUCAAAAUGGCACAUACACUGUAAAGAUUGUGGCCAUAUCAGAAGAUUAUCCUAGAAAAACCGUCACUGGCACAGUCCUUAUCAAUGUUGAAGACAUCAACGACAACUGUCCCACACUGAUAGAGCCUGUGCAGACAAUCUGUCACGAUGCACAGUAUGUGAAUGUUACUGCAGAGGACCUGGAUGGACACCCAAACAGUGGCCCUUUCAGUUUCUCUGUCAUUGACAAACCACCUGGCAUGGCAGAAAAAUGGAAAAUAGCACGCCAAGAAAGUACCAGUGUGCUGCUGCAACAAAGUGAGAAGAAGCUUGGGAGAAGUGAAAUUCAGUUCCUGAUUUCAGACAAUCAGGGUUUUAGUUGUCCUCAAAAGCAGAUCCUUACACUCACGGUUUGUGAGUGUCUACAUGGCAGCGGCUGCAGGGAAGCACAGCAUGACUCCUAUGUGGGCCUGGGACCCGCAGCAAUUGCGCUCAUGAUUUUGGCCUUUCUGCUCCUGCUGUUGGUACCACUUCUACUGCUGAUGUGCCAUUGCGGAAAGGGCACCAAAGGCUUUACCCCCAUACCUGGCACCAUAGAGAUGCUGCAUCCUUGGAAUAAUGAAGGAGCACCACCUGAAGACAAGGUGGUGCCAUCAUUUCGGCCAGUGGAUCAAGGGGACAAUCUAGUAGGAAGAAAUGGAGUAGGAGGUAUGGCCAAGGAAGCCACAAUGAAAGGAAGUAGCUCUGCUUCCAUUGCCAAAGGGCAACAUGAGAUGUCUGAGAUGGAUGGAAGGUGGGAAGAACACAGAAGCCUGCUUUCUGGUAGAGCUACCCAGGUUACAGGGGCCACAGGUGUUAUCAUGACCACUGAAACCACGAAGACCACAAGAGCCACAGGGGCUUCCAGAGACAUGGCUGGAGCUCAGGCAGCUGCUGUUGCACUGAACGAAGAAUUCUUAAGAAAUUAUUUCACUGAUAAAGCGGCCUCUUACACUGAGGAAGAUGAAAAUCACACAGCCAAAGACUGCCUUCUGGUUUAUUCUCAGGAAGAAACUGAAUCGCUGAAUGCUUCUAUUGGUUGUUGCAGUUUUAUUGAAGGAGAGCUAGAUGACCGCUUCUUGGAUGAUUUGGGACUUAAAUUCAAGACACUAGCUGAAGUUUGCCUAGGUCAAAAAAUAGAUAUAAAUAUGGAAAUUGAGCAGAGACAAAAACCUGCCACAGAAACAAGUAUGAACACAGCUUCACAUUCACUCUAUGAGCAAACUAUGGUUAAUUCAGAGAAUACCUACUCCUCUGGCAGUAGCUUCCCAGUUCCAAAAUCUUUGCAAGAAGCCAAUGCAGAGAAAGUAACUCAGGAAAUAGUCACUGAAAGAUCUGUGUCUUCUAGGCAGGCGCAAAAGGUAGCUACACCUCUUCCUGACCCAGUGGCUUCUAGAAAUGUGAUAGCAACAGAAACUUCCUAUGUCACAGGGUCCACUGUGCCACCAACCACUGUGAUCUUGGGUUCUAGACAGCCACAGAGCCUUAUUGUGACAGAGAGGGUGUAUGCUCCAGCUUCUACCUUGGUAGAUCAGCCUUAUGCUAAUGAAGGUACAGUUGUGGUCACUGAAAGAGUAAUACAGCCUCAUGGGGGUGGAUCGAAUCCUCUGGAAGGCACUCAGCAUCUUCAAGAUGCACCUUACGUCAUGGUGAGGGAAAGAGAGAGCUUCCUUGCCCCCAGCUCAGGUGUGCAGCCUACUCUGGCCAUGCCUAAUAUAGCAGUAGGACAGAAUGUGACAGUGACAGAAAGAGUUCUAGCACCUGCUUCCACUCUGCAAUCCAGUUACCAGAUUCCCACUGAAAAUUCUAUGAAGGCUAGGAACACCAUGGUGUCUGGAGCUGGAGUCCCUGGCCCUCUGCCAGAUUUUGGUUUAGAGGAAUCUGGUCAUUCUAAUUCUACCAUAACCACAUCUUCCACCAGAGUCACCAAGCGUAGCACUGUACAGCAUUCUUACUCCUAAACAGCAGUCAGCCACAAACUGACCCAGAGUUUAAUUAGCAGUGACUAAUUUCAUGUUUCCAAUGUACCUGAUUCUUCAUGAGCCUUACAGACACACAGAGACACAUACACAUUGAUCUUAAAAUUUUUAUCAGUCACUGAUAUGCAAAGGACCACACUGUCUCUGCUUCCAGGAGUGUAUUUUAGAAAUGUUCCACAAUUUACUGAGGACAUAGAGAUGAUGCUGCUGUUUAGGUGCCUUUUAGCAAGCUAUGCAAACAAUCCUGAUAAAACAAGAUACAUAGAGAGUCAGUCUGGCUUCUGAGAAUUUACCAAGUGAACAGAGUAUCUAGUUCAUUGGCCGUCCAGUAAAGCAACCCAGGAAACUGAUUGGGUCUCUUUGCCUACCAUAUUAACAUUAAACAUUGAUGUUCUGUAUUCUGUACUUUACUGCAUCUAGCAGAUUUUCAACAACUCAUUGAUCCAAAGAUACAUGCACAGUCUGAGCACCAGUUAUGGUGCCCAUAACUUCCUUAAGACUUGAACCCUUUUAAUCUGCGUGUGAUUCAUUAAAUUGGACCAUUGAUGAUAAGAAUAAACAUUGUAUGUUUCUGUGCACAUGACUUGUGUGUGUGUGCACAUACAUACUGUAUAGUCUUAAAAAUAGCAUUAUACUGGCCAGGGGUGGUGGCUCACACCUGUAAUCCCAGCACUUUGGGAGGCCGAGGUGGGCGGAUCACCUGAGGUCAGGAGUUUGAGAUCAGCCAGGCCAACCUGGCGAAACCCUGUCUCUACUAAAAAUACAAAAAUUAGCUGGGCGUGAUGGUGGGCGCCUGUAAUCCCAGCUACUUGGGAGGCUGAGGCAGAAUCACUUGAACCCGGGAAGCGGAGGUUGCAGUUAGCUGAGAUCGCACCAUUGCACUCCAGUCUGGGCAACAGAGUGAGAUUCUGUCUCAAAAAAAGAAAAGAAAAGAAAAAAAAUAGCAUUAUACCUCUUCCUCACCUCAGCCGCCAUGAAAAUUUUGAACACUCCAAAUUCAGUUGAAUAAUCCAGAACAAAAUUUAUAAAUAUAAAAUAAUUUUACUUCUUAUAGUAAUAGUAUACUUUAAAAAGCCUCAGGGUAUAUUAUCUUCUAAACAGCUACAAUUCAGUGCAGCUACAUUAACCAACUAUGUUCUCUAGUUGUGAGAACAACUAGGCCUAUUUUACUGCUGUGUAUCCUCAGUGCCUAACAUGGGUGCCAAAUAAAUAUUUGUAGAAUUACACUGAAUUGUACAAACCAUUCGUUUUUGUUUACAAUUGCCAAAAAUCUCAAAAGACCCUGUAUUUCUGUAAUACUUUGAAAUUAUUAUUUUAUUUUGAUUUCUCAGUUAUUGACUGGCUGGGUGUGACUUAGUACAUAAGUACUCAAUAUUAUAUUAUAAAAACCUCUAAUAAUUGACUUGAUUUUGCACAACAUCCUUCCCUUUUCUACAUAGUUAAUUUUUUUACUAAUCAUUUGGGUUGUUUAUCUCCUAAAUAGGUUAUAUUUUAUUGCUCCUAGAAACAAUGUUUCAAAAUAUAUGUGCAUUAUCAGUAAUAAUUUGUAUAAAUAUUUCCCACAACACGAUAAUUUUCAUAAUUUUCAAAGACUAAUUUCUUGACUGGGAAGUGAAACUUUAAAAUUUUGUAGACUUUAAAAAAUAUUGUUGAAUGGUGUUAUGCAAAGGAUUUAUAUAGUGUGCUCCCACUAACUGUGUACAGAUCAGGACACAUAUUUUUAGACAUCUAAGUCUGUAGCUUAAAUGGAGGUUAUUCUUCCAUCAUCUAGAAUGGUUUACUUAGUAAUUGUUGUUUCUUUUAUUAUUGUAGACUUACUAACAGUUUUAUUUUGCCAAGUAUGCAACAGGAAUAUCACUAGUAUGUGAAAAUGUAAAUAUCACCUAUGUACUCAAACAAAAGUUGGUCUUAAGCUUCCACCUUGAGCAGCCUUGGAAACCUAACCUGCCUCUUGUAGCAUAAUCACAUUUUCUAAAUGACUUUCUUUGUUCCUGAAAAAGUGAUUUGUAUUAGUUUUACAUUUGUUUUUUGGAAGAUUAUAUUCGUAUAUGUAUCAUCAUAAAAUAUUUAAAUAAAAAGACUGUCUUUAGAAUGA